UGCCCAUCGUCUCCCUCAUUUUUCGUUUACUUUAAAUUUACUGUCACUAUUCUCUGAUCAUUCUGUUCUCUUGGUUCUUGUUGAAGUGGGGAAAAAGAUUAAGGAGAAAGAAUUUAAGAAAAUAAUUUUCCAAUACUUUGCGUAACAUUUUUCAACUCCCAAUCUGUUCUUAAGAUGUUUUUGCACUUGAAUUAGUUGUAAAGUAUCAGCCGGGACGAUUUUGAUUAAAGUUUAGAGCCCAUUGUUAUCAAUUUGAGGCAUUUUUUUUUCUGGGACCCUCAGUUUGAUCAUAUAUUAACGGGAACUGUUUGUCGCAAUGAAUUUGUGAUAUUUGAAGAAAAAGAUUUUCUGGCCUGUUGAAUUUUUUCGAUGGAGAGCAGUGAAGGAGGAGCUGAUCAGGCUUCUGGCUGGAUGCAAGUAAAAAAGAAGCACAGAAGCAAUUCAAAAUUCUCGCUACAUGGUUGGGUUGAAGGGCUCUCUGGGAAACAGAGUGCCAGCAACACAAAAAACCGACUUUCAUUGAGUCAAAAACUGGAGAAUAAAAUAAAUGAAACCCGAUCUUUAAAUUCAAGUAAAGAUCGUGCUAUUCAUGAUGUCAGUAAUGCUGCAAACUCUCUUUCUAUCUCUACUGAGGAUGGGUCAGUUGGUCAUUACCUUGAUAAAUGUGUUGUUAGUCAAAAUAGUGGAGACCUAGAUUCAUCUCAUUCAGCAGCAAUAGAUACCAGAGAUCCUAGAGACAAAUUGGUUGUCAAUCAGGAAAAUUUCAAAGAUGAUGUCCUUCCAAAAAUCAAGUGGGGUGACUUGGAUGAGGGUACACUCAUACAUUAUGGUAAAGCUUCUGGAGGUGGAUUGAAGUUUGGGGGAAUUAAAAAUCACAGGCAGGUUUUUGCUGAGGCUGGGAGUUGUGAAGAUCUUUCAUGUGAUGUUCUACUUGAUCCUAAGGAGAACAAAUUUGUUGGAGCAGCAGUUGAUGAAGAUAAGGUUCUUGCAAAACCUCAUUCUAUUUCUCCGAGGACGAUAUCUAUCGAAGAAACCACUAAAGACGUGAAUGAAGUGUCUUCAGAAGAUGUUAAAGAGCAAAUUACUUGCGAAAAAAGAGCUAGUCACAGUGCUACUAUUUCAGGUUCUGACGUUGAGCAUGACCAACUCAAGCAGGAAAAUGACAACGUCUACAACCCAUCUGGGGAAAAUAUUGCAUGCGUAGCCAAUGAAGAGGUGCCAAUUACUAAAUCAGCUAAUCAUUUAAUUGAAUAUCGUUCCGAUGUUUCUGUAGUGCCUCUUUCUGAUGCCACUUCAAGCAUGAGGACAAGUAUCCUGUGUUCUGAUGCAGUACUACGAGAGAACAGCGAAGCUGGAACCAGUGGAGAAUCGCUGUUGGUAGCUUCAACAGAAGAGUUAGGUGAUCAAAAACCUAAAGCAAAUUCUGAUGAUUUACUGGAAGGCCGAGACACAGAUGCUCUUGAUUCAGAUGCCACAGGUGAAAGCAAAGAAAGAUUUAGAGAACGCCUUUGGUGCUUUCUGUUUGAAAACCUUAAUAGGGCUGUCGAUGAACUUUAUCUUCUCUGUGAACUUGAAUGUGAUCUUGAGCAAAUGAAAGAGGCUAGUCUUGUACUUGAGGAAGCUGCAUCAGACUUUAGGGAACUGAAGUCUAGAGUUGAAAAGUUUGAGAAAUUGAAAAGGUCCACAUCUCAUGGAGCUGAUGGGACUCCAUUGAUAAUGCAGCCUGAUCAUCGCAGACCGCAUGCCCUCUCAUGGGAGGUCCGUCGAAUGACAACUUCACCACGCAGGGCAGAGAUCUUGUCUUCAUCUCUUGAAGCUUUUAGGAAAAUACAACAAGAGAGAAUUAGUGAACGUGCCAACAUUGCUGAGAAUCUGCAGUCUGACAGCCAUAGUUCCCAUUUUGGAACAAGGGAUAGUUUGAACUUGGAGAAGUCUGCUCAGAGAAGUGAUAGAGUGGGAGAUUCUAAAGAAUUAAAAGAGAAGGGAAGGAAGCAGACUGAAGUCUUAGAUUUGUCUCAGGGCUCAACUAAAGAAAAGAGAAAUGUUGACUUAGGUAAAUCAGGUUCUAUGGCAUCUAGGUUGCCUCAGAAGGAGGGUUCUGAUAUCCGUGUCUAUGGAAAGAGCAGCAGGGAACUGCAUGGAUCUGCUUCUGACACAGAGAAGCUGCUUCAUAAGAAAAACAAAAUCUUAGCAGAACACACUGUUGAGAGAAAUCUCAAAUCAGCUGAUCUCUUGAGAAGACAUAAUCCUUUCCCUGAAAAAGAAAGAGAAAGGAAAAUUGGAAACUCAGGGAAGUCCAUGGAUGCUUGGAAGGAGAAGAGGAACUGGGAGGACAUACUUGCAUCUCCACGUCGUGUAUCUUCCCGUUUCUCUUAUUCACCAGGCAUGAGCAGGAAAAGUGCUGAGCGAGUACGUGUUUUACAUGAUAAACUUAUGUCUCCUGAGAAGAAGAAGAAAUCAGCUCUCGAUCUUAAAAAGGAAGCAGAAGAAAAACAUGCCCGCGCCACAAGAAUUAGAACUCAACUUGAAAAUGAGAGACUUCAAAAGCUUCAACGGACAUCAGAGAAACUGAACCGUGUAAAUGAAUGGCAAACUGUUCGCAGCAAUAAGUUGCGAGAGUCAAUGUUUGCUCGUCAUCAGCGUAGUGAAUCUAGGCAUGAAGCUUACAUAGCUGAAGUUGUGAGAAGAGCUGGUGAUGAGAGCAGUAAAGUUAAUGAGGUACGGUUCAUCACCUCAUUGAAUGAAGAGAACAAAAAGCAUAUAUUGCGGAAAAAACUCCAGGAUUCUGAACUAAGGAGAGCAGAGAAACUUCAAGUAAUAAAGAUUAAACAGAAAGAGGACAUGGCUAGGGAAGAAGCUGUUUUGGAACGUAAAAGACUUAUUGAAGCCGAGAAGUUGCAGCGCCUUGCAGAGACUCAACGAAGAAAGGAAGAAGCUCAAGUGAGAAGGGAAGAAGAACGCAAAGCAUCAAGUGCUGCACGCGAAGCCAAAGCUAUGGAACAGAUGCGAAGGAAAGAGAUUCGAGCCAAAGCUCGGCAGGAGGAAGCAGAACUCUUGGCUCAAAAAUUAGCUGAAAGACUCAGCGAAAGCGAACAGAGGCGGAAAUUUUAUCUAGAACAAAUACGGGAAAGAGCGUCAAUGGAUUUUAGGGAUCAAUCUUCACCUUUAUUGCGACGCUUAGCGGUUCAAGGUAGAUCAACUCCAUACAGUAAUGGAGAUGACAAUCUCACAAAUGAUGGUGGCUGCACGGCAGGCUCUGGUAUUUUAACCAGUGAGGCAUUGCAACACUCACUAAAGCGAAGGAUCAAAAGAAUCCGGCAAAAACUUAUGUCACUGAAACAUGAAUUUCCUGAGCCUUCCGUAGGACUCGAAAAUUCUAGUCUCGGGUAUAGGACUGCUGUUGGAACUGCAAGGGGAAAAAUUGCUAGGUGGAUUCAGGAUUUGCAAAAACUUCGCCAAGCAAGAAAAGAUGGUGCUGCUAAUUUUGGACUUAUAACUGCUGAAAUGAUCAAAUUCUUGGAGGGAAGAGAUGCUGAGUUGCUGGCCUCUCGUCAAGCUGGUCUGCUAGAUUUUAUUGCUUCCACCCUGCCAGCUUCUCACACAUCAAAACCUGAAGCGUGCCAGGUUACCAUAUACCUUUUAAGGCUUCUGAGAGUAGUGCUAGCAACGCCAACAAACAAAUGCUAUUUCCUUGUACAGAAUCUCUUGCCACCAAUCAUCCCCUUGUUAGCGGCAUCACUUGAAAAUUAUAUUAAGAUGGCAGCUUCAUUAAAUAUCCCUGGCCCUACCAGUGUUGUCUCAAGUAAAACCUCAACUGGAAAUUUAGAGUUAAUUUCUGAAAUAUUGGAUGGUUUUCUCUGGACUGUGGCAGCAAUUAUUGGUCAUUUGAGCUGUAAUGAGUACCAACUUCAGAUGCUGGAUGGUUUGAUAGAGCUUGUUAUUGCAUACCAAAUUAUUCACCGGCUACGAGAUCUUUUUGCACUUUAUGAUCGACCACAGGUGGAAGGAUCCCCAUUUCCUUCAUCUAUUCUCCUAGGUAUCAAUUUAUUGACCGUUCUGACUUCCAAAUUCAGAUUUUCAUCCUCAAUAGACUGGGAUUUGUCUGCUGUUGAUGUAUUGCAAGGAACUAAACUUGGACAGAAAAAGCUUUCUGGGCCUGCAGAUUUAAGAUUCACUUCAUGUGAAUCUAGUGUAGGUGGCAGACCGAUUUUGCCAACGAAUGGCAGCUUAUCGACAGAUUUGCCAGAUGUACCAGAGGGUAGGGCGCUAGAUGAGACUUCGAUUAUUCAAGGAACAACUAGCCCAAUGGUCAUUCCUGAUAACUGUAAUGAUGUUGAGUGUAUUGCUUCAAAGAUCCAGACUGUGGAUGAGUCUUUAAAAGCUCCAACAGAAGAUAAACACCAGUGUGCUUCUGUUCAGAAGGAUAAAAAUAACACUAUAAGCAAUAGCGCAGAACAAAGUGAUGGGAAUUGCUCCAACUUAAAGCAGCCGGCGACAUUUCUUCUUUCAGCAAUGUCUGAGACUGGUUUAGUCUGUCUUCCUUCCAUGUUAACUGCUGUCCUCUUGCAGGCCAAUAACCGGUUGUCUGCUGAACAGUCCUCGUAUGUCCUUCCAUCUAAUUUCGAGGAAGUGGCGACUGGAGUUUUGAAGGUGUUGAACAAUCUGGCUCUAAUAGACGUAAUUUUCAUCCAGAAAAUGCUGGCCCGGCCAGACCUCAAAAUGGAGUUCUUUCACUUGAUGAGUUUCAUCCUUUCUCAUUGCACAAGCAAUUGGGUAGUAGCCACUGAUAAGAUUGGUAUGCUCCUGCUGGAAUCUUUGUCACUUCUUGGUUAUUUCGCGUUGUUCCACCCAGAGAAUCAAGCCGUCCUUCGCUGGGGAAAGAGCCCUACUAUCCUGCACAAGGUCUGCGAUUUGCCUUUUGUGUUCUUCAGUGAUCCAGAAUUGAUGCCCGUUUUGGCGGGCACACUAGUUGCUGCCUCUUACGGGUGUGAACAGAACAAGGCUGUCAUUCAGCAAGAACUAAGCAUGGACAUGCUUCUUCCGUCCCUUAGGUUGUGCAAAAGCAGUAUGCCUGCAAUUCACUCCAAUUUGGUUCAGAAUGUUCUUCCAGCUGAGGAUUCUACUGAACAGAAUCAGAUGGGUCCUGAAAGAAAAGUUCAGGCCGAUGUUUCUCAGAAAUAUAAUCGGAACUAUCCAAAAAACACUCGUGUCCUCCCACAGAGAUGCGGGGUUCCAGCUAGUAACAUCAGACCUACCAAGGCAAGAAACCAGAGAGACAACAAAUUUAUGAAGCUUAAUGAAGAAAUGCAUUUGGGCCCUGCUCAAUCUGCUUCUGAAACAUCGACAUUGAUGCUGCACUGUAGGUUUCCUGUAAGCUUCAUAGAUAAAGCCGAACAGUUUUUCACAGCAGAGAUUAACACCAGCAAUGGUGAAUUGGUCUGAUUUGAACGCAGUCUUCUAGUACACAAAGAGUCACACAAUUUUCUUUAGUUUAGAAAGAAAGGUUCUGUUUCCUUGAUAGAAGAAUGGAGAAAUCCAUCACUCAACAUUUAGAUGCAUGAAUUACGAACAAAUACAUCACUCUUUAAAUCAAAAUAUCAAAUACCAACUGAAAUAAGCAUACUGGCAUUUGCAUUAGUAGAACUUCAGGGCAAGAUUUACUUGGUUCGAUCUUUAAGGCUGCAUUUUGAUUAAAACAUUGGACCAAGUUUGUCUUGCCAUUGGUGAUAAGUAGUCGUGUAUAAUAUAUUCUUGUGGCAUCUCUGUAAACUAUACUUGGAUCCCAUUGUACAGUAUUCAUGAUUCAUUCUAAAGAAAUCGGGUAACUAGUUCUUUUUA